GUACCAACCUGGCCAAACAAUGUCAUUCCCUACGAAAUCAGCCCAGACUUUGACUAUUUAGACUUGACCGCCAUAGACAUUGCCAUUCAGGAUUACCAUGCCAAAACUUGCAUCACCUGGAAACGCCGUACCACGGAAUCCGACUACGUUCAAUUUUUCCGAAAUGUAUCCUGACUAGGAUGCGCAUACUCGCAGAUAGUAGGAUUCCGUAAUGGGGAGAGUCUCAUGGUUUUUGAAAAUUGCCGCGGCAACAAUACUUUUAUCCAUGAAAUGGGUCAUGUCGCUGGACUAGGUCACACACACGAGCGUUCCGAUCGGGAUGAGUUUGUCUACGCUCCAGGAACAAAUUGUGGUGGCCUUGGAGGCAAGUCGGACUACGCACCUUACCUCCGUCUCUACGACUAUUUAAGCGUGAUGCACUACCAAUGUCACGAAUGCUUAUCCCCCAAGUUACCCGGUGUCCCAUAUUGCGGUCAAUAUUUUGAAGGGGGGAGAUUGAGUGUUUUGGACGCCGAGAUCCUGAAUGACUUAUACCAGUGCACAGAUUCUGGGCAUUCCCAUCGUUUCCGGGUACCAUCACGACUAGACCAGUCCACAGCUUUUCAGUUUCCCGUCACGCCAAACUCCGGGACAAACGCCAUCUGUCGGGGAUACGUUAAUGGACACAUCCUCGUUGGGCAAGCUCUAAGGACGCUUGAAAGCUGUUGGUUACCUAAUGCGGACACUGGCGGAGAGCAAGGAAUGUCCGCGGUUGGGUAUGAAAUAUUGGAAAAUUACCCAAAAGCUAGGUGGGUCAUUCCCACUGUGGACAACAAUGGUAACCCAUCACCCUAUCUUGUUGCUGGAGGUCGUACGAGUACCCAUGAAACGGUGUAUGUUGGAUUAUGCCGUAAUCUUGUGGUUGAUGGAGGAACUUCGGUGGGUCAAAGGGUUGGAUCAGUUUUUGCCAGCAAUCUUAAUGAGGUUGUGGUUUCCUAUGGGGGUAAAGUGUACAGGUGUGCAUACCCCCCAAAUCCUUUAUGAUUACUAAUAUGGUGUGAACAUUAAAAGGAGAGUACUUUUUAAAACGCAAAGCUUACAUAUGGCGGGGGGUACUCGCCUUUUAAAAAUCACAUCAUAGUAGGUUUGUGGAAAACCAGAGUACUUAAAUGAGGCACCUUAAUAUGUAAAUAAAAUUAUUAAUUCUGUAGAUUGUUCCGAUUAAUAAAUGUAUUCAAACCUUA